AUAAACGAAAUCUCUGUUCUUUUCUGUCAAAGUUAGCAUCUUUUUGCUUAUUGAUAUGCUUUUUAGGGUUUUUUUGCUUGAAAUCAGUGGACUGUCUGCACUAUACAUAUCUAGGGCAUGCAAUUCAAUAUCUCUCCCUAACAACUCUAUCUUAUACCCACCGAAAGGAAAAUUUGUUGGCUAUGUUUAUGUCUUCGUCAUUAUACCGAGAUGUUGAACUGUUGGCUCUCUCGAUUGCCUCCGCAAUGGUCCUGAUUAGGAGAUAAAUCAAUGGGUUAAUCGUUCACUACCUAUAUUAGGUUGAACAAUUUGCAGUAGUCUCUUUUGCUUAGAUCAAACUACUGUUUGGUUCAUGCAAUUACUAUUGCAGUAUAAAUGUCAGUCGAAUGCAAUCUGUAGUCAUUGCGAUUAUUCUUGCAUGCAGUUGUAGUUGUUUGGUUCAUUUUUAAAAUUAAAAAACUUGGAGUUACAAUUUGCACUAGGCUUAAACAAAUAAAUAAAAUUAAAAUUAUAAGGAAAUGAUGUAGCCAUACACACUAGUAUCUCAUGCUUCGCGUUGGUAAUUUUAUUGACAUCCAAAGAAGACAAAUAAGAAUCUUCGUAGAACUCUGAAGUAGCCAUAUAAUCUUCUUGAUCGAGAUUCAUACGAAAGAUUAUAUUGCCACACAUUGACAUUUUCUGGCUCCCUCAUCUUCAAUUUUGUCAUGUGAUGCACCUAUUCCACUGUAAUGUUGAGCACACAAGUUGAUGGGCUACCUUAAAUUAAAGGAUUCUUCUAGAUAUUAGUAUCUUAAACCAUAAAAUCAUAGGUAUUUUGUAUUAGCCCCUCACAUCUUCAUAUUUUGAUACUAAUCCCCCGAAUUACCUUAGGAACUUUAUAUUAUUAGUCCCUUAAAUCUUUAAUAACUGCAUAUUUGUCCCUAAAAUCAUAGAGGAUCUUGCAAAAUGGUCCUUCAAGUUAAAUAUCACAUUAGAAUUGAGGAAAAUAUUCUAUCAAAUCUACCAGUUGGAGGAAUUGACCAAUUUACCCCUCUAUUAUGUUUUUCAGCCUAUUUCUUAAUGAGUUUAGAGGUUAUGCACGCUUAAAGAGAAACUCACUGGAGUUGUCCUCCAAUAGUUAGAAAAUAACCCUAUCCUAAAGUUGAGCUUUACAAAAGGCGGGUAGUUUUGUGAUUGUAGAUGUAGAGCUAAGAGUUAAUCGAACCAUAAUUAGAUUUUUUUAACUGAAACACUAAUAGAGGAACUAUCUCGUAAGAUCAUUUAUGAUUUGAAGGACUAAUAUGCAAUUUACAAAAUGUGAGGGGCUACUAAGCAAUUAUUGAAGAAUUAUUUCACUAGUAUCUAGAAUCCAACUUUCGAGGCGAAGAAAAGCCUCAUUUCCUCUUCCCUUUGCGAUCCGAUCCUCCGUCGGUGAUCAUGAGUCCGUUGCUCCGCCGCAUCUCCUUCCUAAAACCUUCUCCUCCACCGGUGAUGAUGACGUGUACUUGCGGGAUUUGGGUCGUCACCGGAAAUAGCCUCCAGAUGUGGAUCCGGUUCCAGGAGCUCGCUCGCAGCUUCCAGACCAUCCUCGUCAAGAAAAUUAGACUUGAUAUAACAAUGAUCGCGGGUUCACUUAUCGGAGGGAGGGGAGGGGAAUGGAGGAGAUCGACGCAGCGAAACCCGAUAGUGAAGGGGAGGAAUUCGACAAGGAUACGAUUACUGGAUUUUUGCUGGCUGGAGUUGGUAAUGUUGAUCUACGAAGGAAAACAAACUACCUUAUUGUGGACUCAAAAACAGCAAUGAAAACAAUUGAGGAUGCAUUCAGGGAAUUCACCUCAAAGGACG